UUCCAGGUAGUUUUAUAGUGGUUCAUUCAUAGCUUAUGGUCUUCUUUUUCACAAGCUAAGUGUCACGGUCUACAGGUAGUGAAUACUUAAUUAUCCAGUCUCAUUUUAUUAUACAGUUCGAUGAUGGAUUCAUGGAUCCCAAAUGGGAUCGUGACACUUAAGGGUACUUUUGAGUUAGCUCUUUUUAACUUUACAGAUUCUUAUAGACCAGCCUGGGAUUCCAUCACCUCAAGGGGUUCAUGUCUAUGCCAAAUGUGACAUCACCUUCCUGUGACUGUCUGAAUACCAUUUGGGGAAAAUUAUAUAAGCUGUCAAGGACUAAUUAGUUGUAAUGAAAUAAAGGGGAGGUUAUGGCCCUGUAGACCAAUUCUACCAUUGCUAAAUGGAGCUGUUGGCUUAACUUUUGCCUUUGUCUGGUUGGAUAACAUACAAGCAUAGAAGAUACUUGCCAGAGAUUUCUUCCCCUUUUUGAGCAAGGCAUUGAUAUUUGAUGGUUUCUUUAUUAAUUACGCAGAAGGAUAAUUAUCCUAAUAAAAAGUAAAUGAUCUCUUACGCAUUGAGAAAAGACGUGGCAUCAGAUGCUUUGCCCUCUGGAACACUCCUCAACAGUUACAGUUUGUAAAUGUUUGAGAAGGCCCAAGAACUAUCCUCUCAACUGUUUCAAUAUGCUGAUAUAGGUCCCUUUCUGGAAAGCGUUUCAACCAGCUCCCAGAAGCCUAGAACCUCGCAGAACACCCUACAAAUCGUCCACAAAAUCCAAACCCAACAGGGACAAGCACUCCUUUAUAUUUCCUCACUCAACAUCAACAUUAGAACAGUAAACAACAAACAAAAGUAAACAACUGUUGGUCUGCAUUUGAACUUUUUCUAACAGCAAUGGCACUGGCUCGUUUGGCUUUGAGAAAUUUGCAACAAAGGGUGUCCUCUUCUUCUUCUUUUUUGGGUCACAACAUGGGAGAUCAGAGGAGUAUUGUUGGUGGGGUACAAAGGCAAAGGUGGAAUGAUGAGAUUUUGAAGAGGUUUAUGGUAACGGCUACUGGUAAGGUGUUUGAUGAGGAAAAACAAGGCAAAGAAGCAACUGUUUUGGAGGGUGACAAGAAGUCCAGGCUUUUCCCAAGGAGGAAAAACAGGAGUCUCUGGAAUUGGAGGAAUAAGCGAAGUGACUAUGCUCCUACCCUUUAUGGCCUUGGGAAUGCACUCUUGCAAGCAACUGAAAACAUAAACAGGCUAUUCGAUAACCUCAACUUGACACCUUCACAGCUCAUGGGACGAGUCAAAGAGCAAGAUGGCUGCUACAAACUGCGGUACGACAUGCCAGGGCUAACCAAAGAAGAUGUUCAGAUCACCAUCGAGGACGGGGUCCUGACUAUAAAGGGAGAGCAUAAGGAAGAAGAAGAAGGAGGUUCGGACGAUGAUGAGCACUGGUCUGCCAGGAGCUAUGGCUACUAUAACACAAGCCUUGUGCUGCCUGAGGAUGCCAAAGUAGAUGAGAUUAAGGCUGAGUUGAAGGAUGGGGUGCUUUGUAUUAUCAUCCCAAGAACUGAACAACCCAAAAAGGAUGUGAAGGAAGUUCAGAUACAUUGAUGGAGGCAUGCAUGAAGUUGAUAAGUUUAUCAUGCUUUUCUAUUUGUUUGUGUUUGUGUGUUAUCAUGGGUGACUGUGUGAAUUGAAAUGGGAAAUAAAAAACCCUUUCUCCUUUAUUAAGUAA